AUGUCUUCCACAGCCUGUUGCUCUGGCUUUGAACAUUCUGGGGAGCCAAAAGGACGCGUGGAGUCACUACAUGGUCUACCUACCUAUGUGGCUGAACCCAGCAAUAAUGCAGAGAUCAAAGCUGUCAUUGUAAUGAUCCCCGAUGCCUUUGGUUGGGAGUUCGUCAAUUUGCGGCUUCAAUCCGACAUUUUUGCAGAUAGGCUAGGGGUGCAGUGCUUACUGCCGGACUUUAUGAAUGGUCAGUUCGAGAUUGCCGUCAUGUACGGCUGGUCAGAAGUUCAAUCAUUGACAGACGCAAUCCGCCUGGCGCAUGGAACUGAGAUCACAAACAGUGGCAAACCGCUGAUCGACGUAGCAUAUGUUGCCCAUCCCUCAGCCCUCGAGCUUCCCGUGGACAUUGAGAAAAUCUCAAUGCCAACGCUCAUCUCUCAAGGCACGGAAGACUUCGUGCUGGACAAGAAGGGUAUCAAGGUCAUUCAGGAAGUCUUUGAGAAAAAGAAGACUGAAGCCCGUGAAGGGUCAGAGGGACAGAGGUAUGAUAUUAAGGUCAUUGAGGGCGCCAUGCAUGGCUUUGCUGUGAGGGGAGACCCUGACGAUAAAGCGGAGCUAGAAUACGCACAAAUAGGCGAGGAUCAAGCGGUCGAAUGGUUUAAACAAUGGUUGGUCAAAACCUGA